AUGUGUUGCGGAUCAUCCUCAAGCAGCAGCCAGACUAGCAGCAAGGUCAAGCGCCGUAAUGUUAGCCAGCUCAGCUUCACUCCCUACGAGAAGACAACCGAGGGCCCCGCCCCCGUCAUGUAUACCGCCGAGAAGUACGAGGACCUCAAGAAGGCGAGAGAAGCCGCCAACCGACGAUGGGCUCCCAUCUAUGACGGCUCCGCAAUGCAAGCAUCCGUUAACGGCACCUCUGCACGCCGUCUCCUGCUCCGAGGCGGCACUGUCCUCAUCCACGAUGAAAGCGACAAUGUUGAAGCUCUCCAGCGCGAUAUUCUCAUCGAGAACAACCGCAUUGUCAAGGUAGCCUCAAACAUUGACAAUGUCGCCGGGGCGGAGGUGAUCGAGUGUGACUACAAGAUUAUCUCGCCCGGCUUCAUUGACACCCAUCACCACCUCUGGCAAACUCAACUCAAGGGAAGACAUGCAAAUCAACUUCUUCUUGACUACAUGCCUUCAGGAGCUGUGCAGGCAUCGAACUAUACCAGGGAGGACCUUUACUGGGGUCAACUUGGGGGUUGCUUUGAGGCGAUCAAUGCUGGCACUACGACCGUUGUUGAUCAUUCCCAUGUGAACACUUUUGAAGGGGCUGCAUCUACUGCCAUCUCAGCUACCGUCUCCUCAGGUCUACGCAGUGUCUAUGGCUACUGUCCAACAAUCCGCGUCGGAUCCUGGUCUCCAUUCGAAAUGAACUCAGAACUGAUCGCAUCUUGGACUCUUCAAGAGAUUCAGGACCUCGGCACCAAAGCACCCUUCGGAGAUGGUAGAGUAACGAUGGGUCUAGCCUUUGAUCUCUGGUUCCUACCCGAGCAAGUUGUCCAAGACAUCUUUCAGCGUGCUCGAGACGUCGGUAUGGAACUAGCUACUACCCAUGCUGUUCGAAACCAUCAGAUGAACAUGAAUGAUGUUAUCCAGCAGGUUAAGAACCAAGGGUUGUUGGACCAUCGGAUGAUCGUCAGUCAUGCUAAUGGGUAUCCCGCUGAGAGUAUUAAAGCUAUAGCUGAUACAGGAGCACACAUCAGUAGCACACCUUCUACAGAGAUGCAGAUGGGUUUGGGAGAUCCCAUGUGUCUCAGUAGUGACUACCCCACUGCUCAAGCCCAGUCAAGUUUGGGCAUUGACUGUCACAGCAACCAAGCUUCCAGCAUCGUGUAUGAGAUGAGGCUAGCCUUGCAAGCAGCACGGGCGAAGCAUAACCAGAGACUCAUCGAUCAGGAAGUAGCUCCUGGACACAUCUCCAAUACAGUCCAAGAUGCCUUCAAUCUCGGCACGAUCCAAGGUGCCAGAGCAAUCGGAAGACAAGAUGAGCUUGGAAGCAUCAUGGAAGGGAAACUAGCUGACCUAGUCAUCUUCGAUGCAAACACGCCCGAGCUUCUUUGCGCAGCGGAACAGGACCCAGUGGCUGCUAUCGUUCUUCACAGCAGCAUCAGUAACGUGGACACUGUCAUUAUUGAUGGUAUUGUUCGAAAACGUGGUGGUAAACUCGUUGACGUGAAAGUGGAAGAGAAGAUGGGAGAUAUCGCAGGCCAGGAGUAUCUUGGUUGGGGAGAUGUUGCCAAAGCUAUGAGGAAGUCCAGAUUGGAGAUUCUGGAAAGGGAGAAGAAGCAGAGUUUUAAGGAGCUAAAGCACGGCGUUAUGAAGACUCUCCAAGUGGAUGAGUCAAAGCUAAGAGACUGA